CUGAACUCGAAGAAGUGCGAGGAACUGUCAAUCAAUAUCGACAAAUUGACUAUUUAACUACCGCAACCAUAUUUUUUGCAAAAUUGCCGUUGAACUAUAAAAGGAACGCCGUAGUUACGAGUAGUACUCGUAGUUACUCGGGUCGAUCGUUUUUCUGAAUCUAAUUUUAUUGUUGUGUGAAAUCGAAUUCUAAUGUAAAAAGGGGGCGGAUGGCUAUUAUAUUUAUCUGCUAAACUAUUGCGGCACCAUGGCUAUGUCAAAGGGUUUUAAAGUUUUAGAGAAGUCAUCUCCACCGAAUCCUUACAGUGUAAUAUUACAACAUAGGAAUAAAGAUACUUCUCUGUUGUUCGAGUCUCAAGCAGUAGUGUCGUUAUCAUCGCAAGAAACAGAUACACUUCGAAAACAAUAUCACAAGAUUGCUGACGCGUACGGAUGUUUAGGGGUCCUCCAGCUGAAUGCUGGUGAAAGCUGUUUGCUGUACCUCGUUUUGGUCACGGGCUGUUGCUCCGUUGGUAAAGUUGGUGACAUUGAAGUUUUCAAAAUUACACAGACACAGUUUUUACCAUUAUUUCACCAGUCGCAAGGCGAUGACAAAGUUUUAGAGGUAAGAAAACUUCUAAAUUCUGGUACAUUCUAUUUUUCUUGGAAUUCGGGCAAGAAUGCUGAUGCUCUUUUUGAUCUCACCCUGUGUUCUCAACGGAAAAGUAAGAGUGCUGAUCCUGAUAACAGGUUCUUUUGGAAUAGAACAUUAUUUAUUCAUUUAAUAAGAUAUGGAAUUGACUGUGAUGAUUGGCUCACUAGAGCCAUGUGUGGCUCUGUUGAAAUUCGCACUAUAUAUGUUGGCCAUCGUCAAGCGCGAGCUGUCCUUGUAUCCAGACUCAGUUGUGAACGAGCAGGUACUAGGUUCAAUGUGCGAGGAUGUAAUGAUGAUGGUAAUGUAGCAAACUUUGUAGAAACCGAACAGGCCAUAUAUAUUGAUGAUUCAGUGACCUCAUAUAUACAAACACGAGGUUCAGUACCUUUAUUUUGGGAGCAACCGGGAAUACAAGUAGGCUCACAUAAAGUCAAGAUGUCCCGGGGGUAUGAUGCUUCGACGAGUGCCUGUGGUAGACAUUUUUCACAAUUAAAACGUAAUUAUGGCACUGUUAUUGUAGUUAAUCUUCUAGGGUCAAGUAUGAUUGGUGGAAGUGAAGGUGAGGCAACACUCAGUAAUGCUUUUCAAAAACAUCUCAAUGACUCUGAACAUUCCGAUGUCACUCAAGUUAUUUUUGACUACCAUCAAGAAGUCAGGGCAGCUAAUAUAGAAUCUGCUCAAUCAAAAUUUAAGAAAAUUGUAGAGAGUUAUUAUGAUGACAUUAGUAUAUUUAGUGCUAAAGGAGAAGACAUAUAUAAUAUACAAAAAGGUGUUAUUCGAACUAACUGUUUGGAUUGCUUGGACAGGACAAACUCCAUACAAACAUUCAUAGGUUUGGAAAUGCUGGCUAUACAACUAAUGUUACUGCAAUGUAUUGAUAAAAAACAAAAUGUGAAUAGAUUUGAGGAAGUUUUUAAACAAAUGUGGGUAAACAAUGGUAAUGAAAUAUCUAAAAUAUAUGCUGGCACAGGUGCUAUACAAGGUGGUUCAAAAUUGAUUGAUGGUGCUAGAUCUGCUGCUCGCACAAUUCAGAAUAAUUUAUUGGACAACUCUAAACAGGAAGCCAUUGAUAUUUUAUUAUUGGGCUCAACUUUGAACUCUGAACUAGCUGAUAGAACCAGAAUAUUGCUGCCAUCUAAUAUUUUACAUACAUCUACUCCAGUAUUGCGGGAAAUGUGUCGCAGAUCGAAUGAAUUUACACAACCAUCAAGUAUACAAAUUACUAUUGGCACUUACAAUGUUAAUGGAGGCAAGCAUUUUAGAAGUUUGGCUUAUAAGGAUGUGUCUCUGGCAGAUUGGUUACUGGAUUCACCGAACUCUGAAUUGGUGAAUACUGUAAAGGAACAUCCAUCAGAUAUAUAUGCUAUAGGUUUUGAAGAAAUAGUGGAUUUAAAUGCCAGUAAUAUUAUGGCAGCUAGUUCUGAUAAUGCUAAGGCCUGGAGUGAAGAAUUAGAAAAGGUUUUGUGCAGAGAUGCCCCUUACACACUUUUAUCAAGUCAUCAGUUAGUUGGAGUUUGUCUUUUCGUAUUUGUAAGGAAAGAUCUCAUUCCUCAUAUAAGAGAUGUAGCACUGGAUUCUGUAAAAACUGGUUUAGGUGGUGCUACAGGUAACAAAGGGGCAGUAGGAAUUCGUAUGGUUAUAUAUGGGACAUCAAUUUGCUUUGUAUGUGCUCAUUUUGCUGCUGGUCAGAGCCAAGUAUCUGAACGUAAUGCAGAUUAUACUGAAAUAACAAGAAAAAUAGCUUUCCCAAUGGGCAGAUCUUUAUAUUCACAUGAUUAUGUAUUUUGGUGUGGAGAUUUUAAUUACCGCAUUGACUUAGAUAAAGAUGAAGUCCGCUUACUUGUAUCACAGAAUAAUAUGGAACGAUUAUUAGAGCAAGAUCAAUUGAUCCAACAAAAAUCCCAAGGUCUGGUUUUUAAAAAUUGCUUUGAGGGGAAUAUAACAUUUCUUCCCACUUACAAAUAUGAUCUGUUUAGUGAUGAUUAUGACACUAGUGAGAAAUGUCGAGCACCUGCUUGGACAGAUCGUGUAUUAUGGAGAAGUAGAAAACACACAAUUGACCCAGACAACACUUCUGAAUUAGGAGCAGGCAAAUUGCUUUAUUAUGGACGUUCAGAACUGAAACAAAGUGAUCACAGACCAGUGAUAGCUCUAUUAGAAGUUGAGGUAUUGCAAGUUAGCAAUACAAAGUGCAUGGAAGUAUUUUAUGAAGUCGUAAAAGAUUUAGGUCCUCCUGAUGCCAGUAUAAUUGUUCAACCCCUUGAGGAUAUACAGAGCGAAGAUUCUAUUUUUGAUGAUAAUGUUAUGGCAGCUGUAUUACAGGAAUUAGCCAUGAUUGGUGAAGUGACACUUGUUCGUUUUAUUGAUGAGCACACACUUAGUAUCACAUUCAGAGAAGGUCAAAAUGCUCUUUCUGCAGCACAAAAAGGUCAAAUAUCUGUGUGUUCAAUUCCAUUGAUAAUUACAUUGAAAUCUCCAAAUUGGGUAGACAUUGUUCGAUCGGAAAUAAAUUUGUGUUCCAACAAUACUGUACCAUUGUUUGGAGAAGCGCAGUCAGACCGCCCACUUAGAUCUGCGCCGCCUACCCCUCGUCGUCAACAGCCCAGCAGACCGCCAGCACCGUCACCAACUCCUUUAGUCCCGUCACGAGUACCACCUGUGAGUCCUGCACGGCCUCCUCCUCCACGUCCCGCACCACUUCCACCAGACUCAGGAAAAAUUGGUGACCAGCCUCCAAUUACAUCACCGCCUGCGGAUAGCGUACCGCCUCCAUCAUGUGCACCACCACCGCCACCUCCAAGUAGUACACCGCCGCCUGCUGGUCCUCCACCUCCCGUUCCUGCAAGACAAGGCGCUCCGCCGCCAUUACCAGCGCGCCCUCGUCCUGCCAUGUAAUUUGUAUACCUAACACUAGUAUGGUGUUACAAUCCUCACAGUUUUACAAUGCCAUUUGUGCUUUUACUCCACUUGCAACCUCAAUACUGUAAAUCCUUUACAGUAUUGAGGUUACAGGCUCAUCAUAGCUGUGCUCUUGGGCAAUGUCGGUACAUAUGUUGUCAAACUGUGUAGAUUUUAAUACUAUGACUAUAUUUUUUUUAUUCGUCUUAUAUAAUACUAAAUUAUUUAUGUUCCUAGUAUUUCUACAUGUGACAAUUCUUUUUUAUUAUUGUAUUAGUUUCGCAAUACUUAAUAGAUAUAAAUAUGGAUAAAGGUAGGUUGCAGUGUAGAUGGUUUGGUUGUUGUAGAUUGCACUUAUAUAUGUCACUGUGACAUCUAAUUAACAAGAAUAAAAAUUAUUUAAACAUUAAAGUAUUAUACAUAACAUGUUUCAUAAUGUACGGAAUAUAUUUAACUAUCUUACAUUAAGAGUAUAAAAUAUUCCUAAGUUAAAUUACACAGUCAUGUUUUUAUACAAUGGUAGUUACAUCGAAAUGGUCGGUGAUUUUUGUAGAUGGGUCUUCUAAACACCCAAAUUGAACACAUUUAUUUAAAUAAGUAAGUACCCACAUCAGUUUAGUUUAAUUUUGUCUAGCUAAGCGUAAUUGCCUAUUUUGUGGCUGUAGUACUAUAGUUCCAUAAAAGUUCUUAAGUACUAAAUAUCAUUAACUAAAAUAAACUUUAAAGUGGACCGAUUUAAUGUUUGUAGAUAUGUAUAUCAUUAUUAACUUGUAAUUGUGUAUUUUUUUGUUUACAACGCCAAAUGGGAGAAAGGUCACAAUUUAGAAAGGAAAGAUAUUUUUUUUAUUCUUACGCGAUAUCUUCAUCAAUUCUACGAUUAUUGCGAUUAUCAAUAUCAAUACAAUAAUAAUCGCGAAAAUCGUAGAAUUGACUUUGAUGUAGGGUUUACAGUCACUCUCGUAUUAAUACCAUAUUAAUUUCGAUUGACUUGAUGUUGGUUGUUCUUAAUGGAAUAAAAAUAUGUCUAAUAUAGUGAAAUAUAUAUAAAUAUUAUACAUACAGGUAUAGUAUUGUAUGUACC